AAUUUCAUUAGCUGUUUUGAGACAGAUGUUCCCAGUGCGACUAGUCUCACUGAGAUAGUGGGGUGGCCAUCGCGCUCGCCUGAUUUGAGCAUAUGUGACUUCUUUCUUUGGGGGCUACCUUAGAGAUGAGGUCUUUAAACAUCGUCGAAACAUGUCACAACUCAAACAGCAACAAAUAUUGCCCCAAGCAAAGCUGGCUACAAAUUUCCCAGUAGGCACUGGAAUAGACAGACGGGAAACGAGGCAUGGGUUCUAUCUCCGCUCCUGUACUGUACGCCCGACUAAUUCCGGCAAAAUACGAUUCAACUGAUUUGUUCUUCAUUUCAUCUUUCAUCUCCCUUCUAUACACAGCAGCUCUGGAUUGAAUGGCACCGGCAGUUGUAUGAUGGCGGAGUGGAUGGAAUAAGUGAAAGGAAACAGUAACUGGUUGUGUUUGUGUGGACUGGGGCUGACUCAUUCCGUGUCGAGUGUGGUGCCUACUUUACAAUUCGACAAUUACAAGUAGGGUCGCCGCCAGAAAUCGAACAAUGGCAGUUGGAACGCGAAUAGUGUACGAAAAAGCAUAGGCCAAUUAAUAAAUUUUCCUGAAUUUCAAAAAAUAAGUUCAUCGAACGAAACAUCCGAAUGCCAGGAACAAGUUUACGCAUGCGUGUGUUUAUAGAAAAUCCACUUUUGUUAUGAUGGUAAACUUCACUUCUGUCUACUGUCCUGUCAGUCAGCUGUAUGAACAAGUAUGAUGAACUAAUUAAAAGAAGGGUGUGUUUUGUGAUGUUGUGAAAUUAUUUGGGUGUGAAACAAUGUUUAGUGAAUGUGUUUUUGUUUUAUUUUUGAUAACUAUACCACAGUAUAUUCAUUCUGCUAACCGCCUUAGCGAAUAUAUAAGCCAUUAUGAGCCUCUCGAUUACGAUACCAAAGAGGUCCAAAGGAUGCACAGUAGGGCCAGGAGGUCAAUUAGCGACAACAACCUCGUGCAUGUGGAAUUCAAAGCACACAGUCGAUUUUUUCGAUUGCGGCUGAAGAGGGAUCUGAGAGUCUUCGGGGAUUCUUUGGAGGUGCACGGUGAGAAUGGAAAGAUAGACGUCGAUACUGGCCAUAUCUACCAUGGAAAUCUAGUGGGAGAACCACAAACUGACGUCUUUGGGUCAGUGAUCAAUGGUGUUUUCGAGGGUAGCAUCAUUACGCCCAAAGGACGCUUUUUCGUGGAAAAAGCCCACCACUAUUUCCCCAUAUCGAAACAUCCAAACAGGACAUUUCAUUCUGUAAUUUACCAUGAAGAUCAUAUGAAUGAUCCCUAUGAACACUUGCAUAAAGGACAUUCACCAGGCUGUGGUAUCAAUCGAGAUGUUCUGCAAUGGAUGCACAACAUCCAGAACUCCGCAGAGGACCCUGAAGUAAUUCCAUCAAAACCAUCGAACAAACAUCUUGAUCUCAAGAAUUUAAUCACACCACCUAGUCAGAAGAAAUUAAAAGAACAAUUUAUCCCCCCACCCGAUCCAUACGUGAACGAAGAAGAUGUAUUUAAUAAAUAUUCCAAAGAAGCCAAUACAGCUGAACAUAAUAGACAUAAGAGGGCUACAGGAAGGGAUUUCAAUAAGAACACUUGUUCGUUGUAUAUACAGACUGAUCCAUUGAUAUGGAGACACAUUAGAGAACAAUUUCCUGAGCACGCCGAUCCUAGGAAGGAGCAUGAAGUGAAUGAAAAGACCAGAGAAGAGAUAUUAUCACUGAUUGCGCACCAUGUCACUGCCGUAAAUUACAUUUAUCGAGACACCAAGUUUGAUGGUCGGAACGAGCAUCGAAACAUCAAAUUCGAAGUACAAAGAAUAAAGAUUGACGAUGAUUCCUCCUGCAGAUGUACAAUGUGCGGAGAUAUGAAUCAGUUUUGUAUGGAGAAUAUAGACGUCAGUAAUUUUCUCAAUAUACAUUCCUUGGGCAACCACGAAGAUUUCUGCCUAGCAUAUGUGUUCACAUACAGGGACUUCACCGGUGGCACCUUAGGGCUAGCGUGGGUAGCUAGCGCUUCUGGGGCCUCUGGUGGCAUCUGUGAGAAAUAUAAGACUUACACCGAAACCAUCGGGGGAAUGUACCAGUCGACAAAGAGAUCUUUGAAUACUGGAAUAAUAACUUUUGUUAAUUAUAAUAGUAGGGUACCCCCGAAGGUAUCCCAGCUUACGUUGGCCCAUGAAAUCGGACACAACUUUGGAUCCCCACAUGACUAUCCACCUGAGUGCAGGCCAGGAGGAUUGAACGGAAACUUCAUCAUGUUCGCCUCUGCCACCAGUGGGGACAGACCGAACAACAGUAAAUUUUCCACGUGCAGUAUCAGCAACAUUUCCCAAGUUCUAGAUGCCAUAGAGGACAAUAAAAAAAGAAAUUGCUUCACAUCUUCAGCGGGCGCAUUCUGCGGCAACAAAAUCGUUGAGGCUGGUGAAGAAUGCGACUGUGGAUACGACGAGAAUGAGUGCCAGGAUAAGUGUUGUUAUCCUAGGACUUUGAGUAUCGAGGAUAGAAGAAACUCCACUGCUAAGGGCUGUCAGAGGAGAGCAGGAACUCAGUGCAGUCCCAGUCAAGGUCCUUGCUGCAGCAGUGAAACCUGCAAAUUCGUGCCAUUUUACCAGAACGAAGUCUGCAAACCCAGAUCGGACUGCUCGAUGCCGUCUAAAUGCAACGGCAGAUCUGCCGAAUGUCCGAAACCUCAACCGUUGCCGGACAAGACCAGAUGUAACAAUAAUACUCAACUUUGCAUCAAGGGAGAAUGCUCCGGUUCCAUCUGUUUGGAAUGGAACCUACAACCCUGCUCGCUCACCUCUCAGGGCCAUCCGGACGUGGACAAGCGGAAACUGUGCGAAUUGGCCUGUCAAAACGGUACGGACAUUUGUCGAAGUACCAGUGAGUUCGCCGAUAAAGUCGGGCUGCCCAAGGGUGGAAUCAGUUUGCGGCCUGGAUCGCCAUGUGAUAACUUCCAGGGCUACUGCGACGUUUUCCUCAAGUGCAGGGCCGUAGAUGCCGAUGGGCCAUUGGUCAGGUUGAUGAACCUCCUUCUGAACCGUGAUACGCUGGUGAGUGUCGCUCAAUGGGUAAGCGAGCAUUGGUGGCUCUGCGUGCUGAUGAGCAUCGGCUUCAUCAUAUUCAUGGGGGUGUUCAUCAAGUGUUGCGCGGUGCACACGCCCUCCUCCAAUCCCAAGAAGCCUGCGGCACGUAGGAUAGGAGACACCCUCAGGAGGCCCAUGAACACCCUGAGAAGAAUGCGACACGGUGGUGGCCAUGGAGGAGUUCACGGACAAAGUAGGAGUAGAAGUAGGGGAGAAAGAUCUCGACCAUCAGCCAGUCAAGGUCCACGACCGGGUUACGGUGAAGGGAGGGGGCAUCAUUACGCCCCUAAAGGUAAGGAGUAUUCUCGAUUAGCCACAGCACCGCCGGCGAAUUACAGUAGACAGACUCAUCCCGAGCUAUAUCCCGAAGCGUACGAAAUGAGGCACAAAGUCUGACAGCAGGAUUCUGGGGUCCCUAGAGUAUCUCCGCCCCCAGAAUAUCCGGGCACACCUGUAACAACUCAGCCGGGAGGUCUCCCGAUUGUCCAAUUAACAAACAAUGAAACUGUUUUACCAAAAACUGUGAGUGAACAAAGUGAUUAUUAACUUGAAAGCUGGCCAAUGCUCUGUGAUCAACUUUUAAUAAGUAAGCGUUCGUUGAGCAGAAACGGGUGCGCAUCCAUUAGUCACCUAUUUAAUUUUAGAACAAAUUGAAACUGAAACGUCGAUAAGAUUUAUUAAGGACUUCAGUUAGUUAGGCUUCCUUUAUUGAGAAGGCUGAUUUUUUAUUUUUAAUUAUGAUGUUUUUAUACCAGAUGUCAGGCAAUAAUAAUUUCUACGUAAAAAGUGUGAUUGAGUGAAUUGAAUUUUAUUUGGAGUUCCUUUUCUGAGGAAGGAAUCGUUUCUUUUAUUUUUUAUUCUCCUGCACUUCUUAGUUCCUUCUUUAAACAUUAUAAGCCGUAAAGGAAUCUAUGAAUUCAAACUACAUUAGUUCAUUCAGAUAUCCAUUUUUUAAAUUGAAGUGACUUGCAAUUCCACAAUAUAAACUCUCCAUUCUACGUUGCCAGUAGUAUAUUAAGGCGCGUACUCAAAGACGAACAGAACCUGCAAGGGUAAAAAAAAUCCCAAAAAGUUACUACCGCGCUUCACAACAAACAACGCAGACCGUAAUCUGCAGUAUGCAACAAAGUUGGACUUUUAUCAGGUUACAUUUGCGUUCGCCAUUGGGUACCUGCCUUACAUUUAUUAAUUUUCAGGAACAAUGAUCUGAUCAUUCAGUUUUAUGUUUAGUGCCCCUCAUAAUCAAUUCAAUUCAAUCUUGACUAUAUUCUCAGUGCUGAACGAAUAAGGAAUGAUAUUAGUUGAACAAAGAAUACCAUUUUUUUAAAAUUCAUCUGGAAGAUCUGGUUCUAUUGUUCGACUCCAAUAUAAAUUUUGAAAUUUACUUGUAUUAUUACCCAGCUUGGAAAUUUUUUGGAGUUAUACCGUUUUUUAAAGUUGAAUCUCUAGUAGUUAAGUUUUUCGAACACGAUUGAAAUAAAUCGAAACUGGUGGCAUUUUGUCGAAGCAAACUUUUCAUUGAUAAAAGCGACUGAUAAAUUUUCGCAAAUCACUCAGAAAUUUCAUUUGGGAUUGUCCAAAAGCGUUUUUGCUUGGCAGUUUUGACUAUUCCAGAAGUUUUGUUGUCCUUACAUUUGGGUAGAAUUAUCGUUGUCACUGGUUAAUGUUGUGCUUAUAUUCUGUGAAGAAUAUAAUUGUAUUAGUACAUAAUGCUAGUCAUAAUGUAAAAACAGAUCUUUUUUUGAUUUGCAGAAGAUUGUGAGUUUGAAAGUAACUCCUCUUAUACAUUUUUUGGACUUGAGAACCCAGUAAAAUCGAAUGUUUUCCAUUCAUAAUAAAAAAAAUUUGAAGUAUAUUUGGUUAUGAUUUAACUAACUUCUCCUUCAUAAUAAUUCUAACACGAACCCUAUUUAUUUCAUCAUCUUCACAGUUUUCAACAAAAAUGGGACAAGUGCAAAAAUAUUAUCCAUCUUGCUACAGGUGCGAAUUCAUGACUAUUUUUGAUAGGCACUGAAAAAUUCUUUUUUCAGAUUCUGCAUUAAUGCCUCUUAACAUUUAUUAUAAAAUUCUGUUGUUCGACUUCAGGAUGUUUAUGAAUGGAAAAUAUUAGCUUUUUCAGAUUGAACUCACUGUAUCAAUUUGGAUAUUUGAAAUAUUUUUGUAUAGGAAUUUUUAACUGAAGAAUUGUCUUAAGAUCAUUGUUGAACUGUAUAAAUUUGUGAUAAAUAUAACUCAUUUCUCUGUUGGUAGUUGCCUGGUAGAGAAUAUAAAUAUCUUUUAUAUUUCACGCUUAUCCUGUGUAUUUAAAGAUGUAUAAAAAGUUAAUAUUAUGUAUAUAAUAAUCAUGAAUGUUUUGUACAAAAUGAGAGGACUAAAUAGGUGCUGUGUGAUCCAAACAAUAACAGAAUUAUUCAUAAGUGGUUUUAGUUCUCUCAUUUUAUCAUCAAUAUCCGAAAUUUAUGUUGUAUAAGUUGAAAUUCGAAUAAUAGAACGGCUUCUUUCUAACAUGAAAGUUCCAUUUCCUCCUUGCACAAUUUUUCUUGGAAAGCAUUUAACGUAUCCAUAAUUUACUGGUCAAACAUACAAAAAAAUUUCAUUUAAAAUUUUUCAUGUUAUGAUACGAAUAUUUCGUGAGUAAUUUUGGCAACUGCAUACUUGUGAAAACAAUUUUCUUCCUCUUUAAAAAAUUCUCACGCAGCUCCUUGAGAGAAUACUCACUGUACAAAGAUAAUGUAAAGAAACAUCUUUCAAACAGUUGAACAUCAACUGUUAAAAUUCAAAUGGAUGAAGCAAUCCGAUAUCAUUGACCAAAAAGUGCAUGUAAUUACAGAAAUAUGUGCGAGAACCUAUUUUAAACUCAUGUUCAUAGUAUUUUCUAAUACUGUAAAUUAUUAUUGUAGGUACCUAUUCAUGUAUGUUGAAUAUAAUAAAAAACUUUUU